AUGAUGUGGCCACCUUUCAUUCACAUUGUGCUGCUUUCUUUGGCUUUGCCUUCAUUGUUAAUUGUAGCUAUUGUAACAUUUAUCGAAGCAGACAUAUGGUAUGCUCAAGCCAUUGGCACCCCAGAGCCGAUUCCCGAUGGAGUUACUUUCAUCAACUGGGCAAAAAUUUUUGCUGAUUUGGACGUGCUUAUCACAUUUGUUGUUCUCUUGAAUAUGGCCAUCAUUGGAUUGGAGUUCAUGAUCUAUUUUAAGUACUGGUGUUUUCGACUGAAUCGUACCCGAAUUUAA